GUUGAAAUGUUUUAUUAACAAAAUCUCAACGUUCAACUCUUCAAUACUCUGUGAUUGCCAUUUAUUUCACCAAGAAAAGAAGAAAUAUGUAGAGGAACCUUAAAAGGUGGGUUUAUAACUAGCUGUGAUAUUUUAGUGAGUAAAUAGCGAACUUUUGUUAUGACCAUUUGGUAAAUUUAAACUUGCGACUUGCGAGUGACUUUGCAAUCGAUUAUUAAUAACGACGUUGCAGCUUACUUCUCGCCUUAAUGUGAAAAUAUAUCGUUGAUGUUAUGAAGAUUACUAGAAAUGGACUAAUUUCAGACAAUUUGCUUUGUAACAUGACAAUACAAAGCCGUGAUCAAGCGAGGAUGAGAGUGCAUGAGAGUUUGCAGUCACGCGACAUUGCUGAGCUGUUCUUAAUGUUUUCCCAACACUAUCAUGUGUUUUAUUGAAGUUGAAACAUUGUUGGAACAUUCAUCAAACCUUUAUUUUGUUAAUCUAGAGCUUCAAAUGUCCCCUGUAACAAUGCGUGACUGCCAACUCUCAUCAACUAUCGACGUUUGAUCACAAACUUUCCUGCAUGAACAGAACAAGUCAUAUACUAUACGGCUGCGUAAUUAAACUGUAAUCCCCAAUGGUCGGGGAUGGAGGACCGCUUAAGAAACAUUCAACGGCAACUAAAAUAAAUAUAUUACGCUAGACUCAUUCGCAGAUGACUCUCUUCGCUCUAAUCAGUUCAUAUUAUCGUUUUACUGUUUAACUAGUAGCUAAAUCAUAGGGAUAUUAAAAUCCUAAAAUUUCACAUUGGCCGCCAUAUUGAAUUUGCACGCGCCAGAGUCUGGGACUAGAUUAUAUUUUUCAUGAGGUUUGAUGGAAUAAACAACAUGCAUGCAAUGUUACAAAUGCAUGUACUGUAUCAAGGUCUUGGUUGUUUCCUCUGAAAGAAAUUUCCGUAUUUGUCAAAUAUUGUACGGACUGUGAAAGGCCUUGCUGCAUACUUUCCCGAUAUUGAAAAUCCGAAUUUAAUACAUUCACCACAAAAAAAAACCCACAGUGUGGAUUUCCUCCAAACAUGCAGUUUAUUUUCACAAACAAAUAAAAUAAGCAUAUAUGGCAUCACAAUUACGCUGUUGUAGUGUUGUAAUCACUAUUAAAUCAACGCCGGAUCUAGCCUCAUCUGCAAGGAGAAGUGCAGGUUUUCAGUGGGGAGGUGGAUGAGGGAGCCUUACUGCCCACUCUCCUCUGCAGUCUCCAACUUAUUUGAGAUGGCCGAAUCUGCCCGUUCGCCGUUCUGCUGCGUUUUACAUUAUCUUUUGUUGAUAAAGUUUUUAUCUGCUUUGUAUCACGUGUGCGUGACUGGACAGUUGCUGUAGCACAGUACAGUAAAUCUACUUGUUAAAGUACAGUAUAUUUGAAAAUAUGGCUGCAUAACAACGUCGAUAUGUUUACAUAUUUAACCAUGAUAUUUAACUAAAGCAUUCUGAGUAUUUUCUCGUGAGCUCACUGCUCACAAAUCAAUUAAAUCGUUUCAAGAAAUCGACACCCGCUAACAGCAAAAGUUCCACUUAUCGCUAUUUGAAAAGCAGAAAAUGAAUGGUGAAGCAGAUUUAUAGCUAUUUUUUAGGGAGGUACUGGACUUCUCCAGGGGCAUGCCAGACACCACUAGGUCGGGCGCGCACCCCCACGGUAGAUCCGUCCCUGUAUUAAAUUACAAACACACUCAAAUAAUACAGUAAAUACAAUAUAAUCAGUUUAAAUAAGUAGGCACUUUAGUUUGGUUGAAAAUGAUUUAAAGGAGACAGAAUUUAUGAUUUCAUUAGCAUGUGAGGUAAAGAAAUUCGGACCUUGAUAUCUUAACGAAAGCUCACAGUAAAUGUAGGACGUAAUUGAAAUAAUUUGAAAAGAUUCUAGCUUGAUAACUUUAUGUACUUGGCUAUUAACAUGUACCGUAAACCAACUGUCAAGAUUUUUAGAUAACAUAGAUUUAUGUUGGAAAUUGCGUUACAACUUUGACCCUUUAAGAUUGACUCUUGCAACAUGGCCUUAAUGAAGUGGACUGGGCCGGUUUCGUCCUUUAUCCUCUACUGAGAAGAUAAUCUGAUAAUGAUAAAGAGUUCUCGUAACUUCUUGUCUUUUUGUGAACUUUAAUGUUAAGACCCGUUUACACUCUUGCAAUUUUUUCUGGGAUUUUAAGUGCGAUUUUCUUCUUUUGAUUGGAUGUGAACGCCUGAAUGAGUUAUGAAUGUUUAGAUGAGGGUUCAUAUACUCAGAACAUUCAUAACUCAUCUACUCAUUCACAUCCACCAGAAGAACAUCGCACUAGAAUUAGAAAUCGCAGCAAAAAUUGCAAGUAUAAACUGGUCUUUAUAUUACUGCACAAAUCUUAUUUAUCACUGCACAAAUGGAUAUGGCAUUUCUAUGAAUAAAAUUCCAGAAAUCAAUUGAAGAAUAUAUUUUGUGAAGGUAAAUCCCAGUCGCCACUGCCAUUAAAUUCCAUUUGGUGUGAAAUCUCAGGAUUUAUUCGCUAGUUACUGUGUCUGUUUUUACCACUGGAGAACUCUCUCCAGAUUAUACAUACAUGGCUCAGUGAUUGCCCAGGAACAGCUGCAAAAAAUGCAACUAUAGUCCCUCUGGCAGGAAUCGAACCUGCGAUACCGGUGCAGUGCUCUGACCAACUGAGCUACAGAGAGACAGUUGUUCAACAAAACGCCUGCUAAAGCGUUCACACUGGCCUGAAAAUGACGACAUACGUGCUAUGGUGUAAUAGACAAGGAAUACAAAUCGUGAACCGCUAACGCAAAGCGUGAAAGAUUGAAAGCGUGGCGUGAUCGAUAGAUGAGUGGGUGGGAUACGCAAAUUAUAAUAAGUUAUCCUCAGGAGAUGUUUUCGUAAUGCCCAAUGAAACACAAGUCUACUCGCAAAUACAAACGUUACGUUAUCCAUAAAUGCACAUGGUUUUUGAGACAUGCGCUAACGCAGACAACUUUGUUUACAUUCCGUAAGUCUGUAACGUAUAAAAUUCGAUGUUACUCCAACUCGACAGCCAGAUAUCGCUUUUCCGUAGACGUGGCACGAAAAAAAACACCAAGUCAAUUUCCAAGAAAGUGCAGAGUAGGAUAAAUACAAACUCCAAAGAAAAAUGCUGAAAAAUUCGUUGACAAAUGAAGAACUUGUUUGAGACUGAAACUAGUCACCAGUGAACUCUAAUAAGACUAGAACGAUAACUCGGCCGCCCUCUUUAAAGCCAAAUUGAAGGCCGGCAUUGGAGGUACGGAGGCGAAAAUACACCUCUUCGAAAAACUCGGAUUUCUGCCUUUCUAGCUAUGCUAGAACAUAGAUAAAAAGCUUAAAAACAUCUACGAUACUUGGACUAUUGCACAAAUUAUGUUUGGAAGCCGUAGAAAAGAGUUAACGUUAUUUUUUGUGUACCUGAAAGUCGUAUUUUGUUCGGCACGGAAAGUAUUUUGUUAUUUUCUUGAAUACAAAAAUGGUUUCUUUCGAGAUUUUGCUGUUAGUGGAUGUAGAAUACUUAGAACUAUCCAGAAAACCAAGUUUGAAUCUUUGAAAUUGAAAUCUUUGUACGAAAAACCUAAUUUUUCGGCGUAUUUUUGCUAAAAAAACAAAAUUAUGAGGAAAUUGAAGUCUCCCCAGUUCUUUUUUGAAAGUCACAGGGCUGCCUCCUCCGCAGGCCCUCGUUGCGUCAUGGGAAGGUCACGUUCUGGCGAGGGCCUGCGGAAUCUUGUAAAAAAAAUGGCGCCGGCGUCACGUCAGCAAGUAAAUUUCUACAUAAUAUUGAAUAUAAACAGAUAUAAAAAAGCGGCGUGAAACUUGUAAAUUAAACUGGCGACUCUUAGGACGUGGAAAGAAACAUUUUUUAACAAUAAGGUUUGUUGUCCACACCAACGUUGCACGAAUAAAACUGCCUUCUUUAACGAAGCAGGUUCAAAACAACAUUUAUUCAUUUUACAAGAUUCCGCAGGCCCUCUCGAAAUCGUGGCCUUCCCAUGACACAACGAGGGCCUGCGGAGGAGGCAGGUCACAGGGCGCGAACUUCUCCCGGGCGCCAAAUCACAAAUCGCAAGUCAAGGGGGAUUUCUACGGAAAAAUCGAUUUAUUCACGUUUUAGAGAAGUCAAAAGCACUAAAAAUAAACAACUAUGCCUAAACGUUAAUACAAAAAAGGUAUUGGUCCGUAGACCUAUGUUUUAAAGUUGUUUUUUUUAGUUAAAGAGCAAAGUUCACUUCGGCACGUUCAACUAGUGUCGUUUUUAUGAAAACAAACCUGAUACCCUUCAAACUUUUGCUGUUGUAGGAUGCAAAGCAGUUCUAACUAUCAAAUAAAUUGCAUUUGGGUUUUUAAUAUUGAAGUCUUUUGAUAAAAAACGACUUUUCUUGCUCAUUUUCGUCGAAAAUAUAAAACUUUGACUGAAUUCCCACUCCUCGAAACUCUCCUUAGUCCUUUUAAAAGUGCAAUUUCCUUGCUCCGUUGGCUUCAGGCAAGUAUGGGCAUGUUUACCUGAGUUAUCGUUCCAGUCUUAUUAGAGUUCACUGCUAGUCACUCACUGAUAGCCGCCAUCUUGAAAACUGAUCUGUAUAGUAAACUGGAACAGUGGAAACUGAGCCUGCGAUAACGCAAACUCGAUUUCUCCAUGACGAAAAAACCCAGAAAAAAACAGAGAAUUGGGGAUUUAAGACAUUUGCCUUACAGGUCAGUGCAAUAACUUGACCAAAAAAUAGGUCUUGUGAAGGUAGAUCCCAGACUCCGGCGCGUUUAAAUUCAUUAUGGUGACCAACGUGAAAUCUCAAAAUUUAGUCCGCUUUUGGCUGAAAGUAAUUACUGUGUCUGUUUUACCACUGCAACACUAUUUCUUGACUAUAUACAGCUCAUUGGUUACCCAGUAGAAAAGUUAGGCUCGCACAGCAUGCUAUAUUGUAGAAACUUUAGAAAUGUUGUUCCAGAUGCUUGCGGAGGAGGUUAAUAUACUAAUGCAUUUUUUUUCAAGGCUAAAAAUAAAUAGUGAUGGCUCACAGUAGACUAAGUGAUCCAGAAUAUAGAAACUGGGUUACUGUUGGUCGAGCAAUUCAGAUUGCCCGGAACGGCUUAGAAACCAUAAUUCAAAAUGCUGCCGACAAGUACCACACAUCACUGCUUGCAACUUUGCCAAAUAAUGUACAUGUGUGGAAAUCUCACCUGUUGAAAGCCCAUCGAUCAACUGUUAAAAGAAAAAUAUCCUGGAGCAACAGUGACAACACUCAGUGGUUGACCGUUGGUGCCUCAUGGGAGAUUACUAAGAUUUUCAUGGCUCCCUUAGGAACGAGAAAGCUUGAUGUAGUCAACGCCAAAACUACUGAUAUAUCGGGAAUGUUGAAUGUAUUAGAAUGGUCUCCGAGAGGGACAAAUGGUAUGUUCAAUACAGGUGUCGGUCUCUCGAAAAUAGCAGAUGCAAGAAGUGCUAGGAAUCUUUGGGCGCAUGCACCGUUGCUGCAUAUAAGUGAUGCUGACAAAGUCGACGCGUUUGCAUCUUUAACCUCGCUUCUUCAAGACCCGGAACUGAACGGAGACAAAGAUGUCCAAGACGCCAUGAAAGAGCUUAGUAGUUUACUCAAUACUGGUCUAGCGGUUAUUGAAGAGAAAGAAGUGGAAUUGUUCCUUCAGUUAGAACGUCAACUUGGUCGGGAUAUGGUCAGUUUGGAAAGGGAUAUGAGCUGUUGGAAAGGUGAAGUCGGAGCGGACUUGGAGCAGAUUAAAGAUCAGAUGAAAGGUUUGAAUGAAUUUGUAAAGAAAAACGAUCUACACGACGCUCUGAAAAUUUUCAACAGCCGGCUGGAAAAGUUAGAAGAAAAACGUUCAGAAGAAUCACAGCAAAGUUUUCGCGACGUGAAGCAGGAGCUAAAGUUCAACCCAGUCUCUGAUCGGAUGAAGGAAGAAUUUGUUGGUCGUGAGUGGUUGUUCAGUGACAUUCACAACUGGUUAGAAAAAGAUCUCGGGCCUCGGGAGUCUCGUGCCUUCCUUAUCUGGGGUGGUGCUGGAACAGGCAAAAGCUCGUUCGCCCAAGAAUUUGUCCGUCGCCACGAGGGAGAAAAAUUGGUUGGAUACCAUUACUGUCAAAAAGAUAACCCUCGCACUUGCGAUUUGAAAUCGUUAGUCUACAGUCUCAGCAGUAUGCUCUCGAACAGCCUUCCCGAAUAUGCUGCCUUGGUUGAGAAACUACAGACUGAUCAAUUUAGAGAUGAUCCUAACACACUGUUCGAUUUGUUAAUUACCACGCCAUUGCAGCAAUUGAAUGAAAGUACCAGACAUUUUCUUAUCAUCGAUGGCUUGGAUGAAGGAGGGUCCAUGAUUGCUUCUUGCCUUGCCAGAUUAUCAGGAACACUUCCUUCGUGGCUUCGCGUCAUUUUGACUGCAAGACCCCAUGCUCUCGCUCUAUCUGGCCUUUUUUUAAAUUACUCCUCUGCUAAUCUAGACCCCUUAGAGACUAGUCUCGAGUCCCUGUCUAGCAAAGAUAUUCGUGAAUUUGUCUCCAUGAAGUACAGAAAACUUCAAACUGAAUAUAAAUGUAUUCCUUCUUUCUUUGCUAAUGACGAGCAGGUAGGCAAAGAGAAAAUAGUUCAGGCUAGUCAGAAUUGCUUUCUUUAUGCUAAACUUGGGAUGGAACACAUCUUUGAUGGCCAUGAUGAAAUUGGUUUGCCUGCCUCGUUAUCUGAGAUUUACUGCUUGGAUUUCAAACGUCGCUUUCCGGAUAUAGAAUUCUUUGAGAAAAAAGUUGCACCUGUGCUUCAGAUUGUGCUUGCCAUCCAAUCUGCUAAGGCUUUUAUAGAUAAAGAGAUACCUAUAAAAGGUGAGUUAGAUUUCGCACUUUCCCAUGCUUCUAUUCUUUAUGAUCGAAUAAUUCGCUUACAGAAGAUGCAGCAGGCUUAUGAGGAGAGCGAUGAAAGUGUUACAGGGGUUGUGAAGUGUGGUUUGUUGCCUGAAAUUAAGAUGCAUGAUCUCAAUAAAGUCGUCAAACCUUUAUCAGGUUACUUAGUAAAGGAUGAUUCUGGUAGAUAUUAUUUCAGCCAUAGUUCUGUAAGAGAUUGGUUGCAAGACGAAGAGUCAGAUUUCUUUUGCGAUGUACUCAACGGGCACUCCAUUAUGGCAAACUAUAACUUGAAAACUCUUAAAGUUAAGUAUCCUUCACCCGGCGAUUUUUUUGAAAAUGUAUGUUUUCGUCCGAAACUGCCAUAUCCUACUGCUCUUCUAGACCUCAAAUUCUUUUCUUUGCGUUAUCUCUUUCAUUCCAGUGAGAGCGGGAGUUCAAACGUGAAUGUUCUGAUAUCUGAAUUAGGUAUUAAAGCAAUCGACCUUCUUCAUGCCGCAUUUCACAAUAGUGAUGACGAUUGGAAUCCUUACAUUUGUUCCGAGUAUAUGGCAAUGAAAGUUCUCGAUGAAACAGAUGUCUUGAAUAAAAUGACCAUACAGGAAAAAGCCGAACAUCUUGAGCGGGCUCUUGUGUUGCAUUAUGCAAGAAUUACUGCCAAGUUGUUUGAUAGCACAUACUGGAUUUUUAGUAAAGACGCCAUCAUUCCUUGA